CGUAAACAACUCCGCCCACCAAAAUCCAACUUGAUUUCAGAGCUCGCUUUAAAUACCUUACCUACAUUGUUUUUGUUGCUGAUGAGGAAAACUAGUCUGAGAAGAAAAAAAACCAACACCUUAAAAAGCGGAAUCGUUUCGGAGUUGGAAUCUCGAGAAUCUGAAGAUGCCGCUAUGGACGCAGGCGGGCGGCUUGUGACCGCUUGUGACGCUCUGCGCCAAUUGAUUCAGUGACAGAUGUCCCCUGGGUGCUAGGAGGACAUCACCAAAGCUAAUGGAGGUCGACGACGAUGACGUGCCACUCAUCCUCACCUGGGACGAUGCAAACAGCGGUUUACUCAACGAGGACCAAGAGAGGGGAGACGAGAAUGGCAGUGCAGGAAACUAUGGCAUAGUCAAUAGUGUUGUGGUGUCAACACCAGGGCCUCAAACUCACAGAGCACACAAUACGUCUAUACGGCAAAGCUGGGAGAUGAACUACCAGGAGGCGGCCAUCUACUUGCAGGAGGGAGAGAACAACGACAAGUUCUUCACCCACCCUCGAAACCCCAAGGCGCUGGCGGCGUACCUCUUUGCCCACAACCACCUCUUCUACAUGAUGGAGCUGUUCACGGGCCUCCUGCUCAUGACCUUGUCGCUGUGCGAAGCUCCCGCGGUGCCCUCGCUGCGCCUGGACGUUUACGUUCACGCCACCCUGGAGCUGCUCGGCCUGGUUAUCGUGGCUUUUGAACUGUGCAUGAAGCUCCGCUGGCUGGGCUUCCGCACCUUCAUACGACACAAGAGGACCAUGGUGAAGGCGUGUGUGUUGCUGCUGCAGUUUGUGGAGGCCAUCGUGGUUCUGGUCCGACAGACGUCGCACAUGCGAGUGACCCGAGCCCUCAGGCCAAUAUUCCUGGUGGACUGUAGAUACUGCGGUGCUGUACGCAGAAAUUUGCGGCAGAUCUUCCAGUCACUCCCGCCAUUCAUUGACAUCCUCCUACUUCUGCUCUUCUUCAUGGUCAUAUUUGCUAUCUUGGGUUUCUGCCUCUUCUCUACAAACACAUCAGACCCAUACUUCAACACUCUGGAGAACAGCAUGGUCAGUCUCUUUGUACUGCUGACCACCGCAAAUUUCCCUGAUGUGAUGAUGCCAGCGUACUCGAAGAAUCACUGGUCCUGUGUGUUCUUCAUCGUGUACCUCUCCAUUGAGCUGUACUUCAUCAUGAACCUGCUGCUGGCAGUGGUGUUUGACACGUUCAAUGACGUGGAGAAGAUGAAGUUUAAGUCUCUGUUGCUUCACAAGCGCUCCGCUGUUGAUCAUGCCUUCCAGCUGCUGGUCAGCCGCCAGAGGCCGACGGGUGUCUCACUGAAACAGUUUGAUGGCCUGAUGCGUUUUUACAGACCGAGAUUGUCUGCGCGAGACCGCUUCCUCACCUAUAAAGCUCUGAACACCUCUGACGCUCCCAUGCUCAGUCUGCAGGACUUCUAUAAAUUCUACGAGGUGACAGGCCUUAAAUGGAAGGCACGGCGUAGUGGGGAACACUGGUUCGAUGACCUCCCGCACACAGCCUACAUUAUUUUAAAAGGCAUCAACCUGCUGGUGAAGUCGAAGGCCUUCCAGUACACCAUGUAUGCGGUUGUAGCCAUCAACGGUGUGUGGAUCCUCGUGGAGACGUACACUCUUAACAGUGGCUUUUCCUGGUCUCGAUUGGUGCCGUGGAGUUAUAUUGUCUUCCUUACCAUUUACGGUGUGGAGGUGCUUUUGAAGCUGUCAGGUUUGGGACCGUUGGCUUAUUUCAGCUCUGGAUGGAAUCUGUUUGACUUCUCAGUCACCGUGUUCGCCUUCCUGGGUCUGAUUGCACUCGCCUUCGAUAUGGAGCCUUUCUACUUUAUCGUUGUGCUACGACCACUUCAGCUGCUCCGGUUGUUUAAGAUCAAGAAGAGGUAUCGCAACGUGUUAGACACGAUGUUUGAGCUCUUCCCCAGGAUGGCCAGUCUGGGUUUGACUUUGAUCAUCUUCUACUACUCCUUUGCCAUUGUGGGCAUGGAGCUCUUCGCUGAUGUCAUUUACCCCAACUGCUGCAACGCCAGCACAGUGGCCGACUCCUACAAGCAGAUCAACGUCACGCAUGGCAACAAAACAGUGUUGGAAGAAGGCUACUAUUAUCUCAACAACUUCAACAACAUUCUCAGCAGCUUUGUGACUCUCUUUGAGCUAACUGUUGUCAACAACUGGUACAUCACAAUGGAAGGCGUGACCUCCAUGACGAGCCACUGGAGCCGUCUCUACUUCAUGACCUUCUACAUCGUCACCAUGGUGGUGAUGACCAUCAUUGUGGCCUUCAUCCUGGAUGCUUUUGUCUUCCGCAUGAACUACAGCCGCAAGAACCGGGAAACACUGGAGAACCCAGAGGAUGAGAACGGAAUCGUGUUUGAGGUUGAAGUGAGCCGUGAAGAAGCUCUGUCCACUCUGGAGUUGUACAAGCAGACAUGUCCCGGGCAGCCGUCCCUCAGCUCUCUGGUGGGAGUCGUGCAAGCGAUGGGCUGCAGUGGGAGUGAACACUCAUCACUAUUAUACCAAGGGCGGCGAUCACGGACUAAGUGUGACCUUAGCAUGAAAAUGUAUGAAGAAGAGAUGCAGUGGGAAGCUGGUCAAGUGAUGCGAGGUGAGGACGCAGUGGCUUCUCUCAGGACAAGCGGCACAUUUGCAAGGGACAGCAGCUCAGCAAUUAACCUUACGGAAGGAGCCGAAGGAUUAAUAAUUCUCAUAGUGUGCAAUGUACAUAUGUAAUGCUGGAGGUCUUUUGUGACCUCUUGUAAAAAAACAUGACUUAAACAAUGUUGUGGUGCUAUGGAAAGUGUCAAUUAUAACUAAGUAAUUUCUGCAACAGCUUAACAUUUGACAUUCGUGUACUCGCAACAGUUUUCCAAAGUGAAUCCAAGUAGCAAUAUCAUUGCGAUGUGUCAAUGCAUUCAAAAUUCCUUAAUUCCUAAACAUUAAGGCAGAAUAAGUAUUGUAUAUUAACCAAAACCAAUGAAAAUGAUCCGUUUGUCUCUGUUUGUACUGUAUUAAAUUAUAUUGUAUUUCUGUAA